AUGCGAGUUCAUACGCAUGAAAAACCAUAUAAAUGUACAAUUUGCGGAAAAUCUUUUACUACCCACUUUUAUGCAAAAAUACACACACGUGCCCAUUCUGGCGAAAAGCCAUACCAAUGUGGCAUCUGUGGCAAAUCUUAUAAUCAAUUAUCUGAUUUAAAAAAGCAUAAAAAAAUUCAUACACAUGAAAAGUUAUAUGAAUGUAAAAUUUGCGGAAAAUCUUUUCCUCUAAGCCAUACCCUGAAAAUACAUACUCGUACCCAUACAGGCGAAAAACCGUUCAAAUGUGAAAUAUGCAACAAACAUUUUAGUCAAACAUCCCACUUAAAAGUGCACAUGCGAGUUCAUACGCAUGAAAAACCAUAUAAAUGUACAAUUUGCGAAAAAUCUUUUGCUACCCACUAUUAUGCAAAAAUACAUAUACGUGCCCAUUCUGGCGAAAAGCCAUACCGAUGUGGAAUCUGUAGCAAAUCUUUCAAUCAAUUAUCUGAUUUAAAAACGCAUAAACGAGUUCAUACACAUGAAAAACCAUAUAAAUGUGAACUCUGCGGCAAAUCAUUUUCUCAAAGGGGUACUUUAAAAACGCACACUCGUAUCCAUACAGGCGAAAAGCCUUAUAAAUGUGAAAUAUGCGGCAAAUCUUUCAAUCAAUUAUCUGAUUCAAAAACGCAUAAACGAGUUCAUACACAUGAAAAACCACAUAAAUGUGAAAUCUGCGGCAAAUCAUUUUCUCAAAGCAGUUCAUUAAAAACGCACACUCGCAUCCAUACAGGCGAAAAGCCUUACAAAUGUAAAUUUUGUGGGAAAUCUUUUACUCGCAGUUCUACACUAAAAGAACAUACUUUAAUUCACAAAAGAAAUAGUGAGUGCUUUGAAUGCAACGAUUGCGGCAAGUUUUUCACUGGUAAAAUAGAAAUUAUCAGGCACCUAAAAAACCACAAAGAAAAGCCAUGUGAAAUUUGCGGCAAAUCUUUUCUUGGCAAAUGUAAUCUCAAAUGGCAUAGUCUAGUUCACAACAGCGAUCGACUCUAUAGAUGCCACGAAUGCGGUAAAUCUUUUACUGAAAAACACAAUCUUAUACAUCAUACUCGCUUACAUACUAGCGAAAGUAUUAUUUAAAAAUUGUGUUUAAUAUUAAGUUUGAGUUUCGCAAAAAUUUUACUAUUUUAAUGGCAAAUAAACAGAAUAUUUUCUAGAAAA